AUGUCGACACAACCCCUCCUACAGCGCACAGCUAACAAACGCAUCGCGCUUCCCGUCCGCGUCGAGCCCAAGGUCUCCUUCGCCAAUGAGCGCACCUUCCUCUCAUGGCUACAUUUCACGGUUGUUCUCGGAGGUUUGGCAGUGGGCCUCUUAAAUUUUGGUGAUAAGGUCGGCAAGAUCAGCGCUGCGAUGUUUUCGGUGGUCGCUAUGGGCGUCAUGCUUUAUGCACUUUAUCAAUAUCACUGGCGCGCUUCGUCCAUUCGCAAAGGUGGAAGAGGGCCAUACGACGACCGACUUGGGCCGACCAUACUGUGUUUGGCAUUACUACUCGCUACUGUCGUCAACUUCGUUCUACGAUUCACAGAGCCGAACCUCUAA